UGCUUUAUUAAAUUAUCAAACGUUAUUUAUUAAUAGACAUGUUUGCAGAGGUAAUUUUGCUUUUAAUUGCAACAACAAUAAAGUCAGUCGUUUCUAAUGAACCUUUCUAUUGGAGAAUUUAUAAUGGUUCAAUGCCAAAUGAUGCAUUUCCAACCGGAACACGAAAUAUGUUUGUCGGUCGAGUAGGUAUAUGUUUAGAGAUGGCGGUUGAUACAUCAUCAUCAUCACCAUCUAGUAAACGUCGUCGAGAUUCAACACCUCCACCACUUCCAGCUACCAAGAACAGGGGUCGGGCAUGCGAAGUUUGCGGUGAGUUUUUACCAACACUUAUGUCGCUUGAAACCCACCUUCGAACGGAGCAUGCUGAAUUAAUCGAUAAAAACGUUGCAAAAAUUAAGUCUUGCUAUAAAAAUAGGGUAGUUUGUUAUAAAAUUAGUGAAGCUCAAUCUGAGGAUGAUAUACCGUCAUAUCUAUUAAAAUGUUGUGAAACAGUUAAUAGACUGAUUGAACAGCAUCUCAAUGAGAAUGGUUCGAUAAAAGCUCAGAUUGAGAUAUUGGCAAAUUUUAUUAAGUCCGGGUAUGAUGAUGAUGGUAAUGAAGAAGUUAUAACAUCGGAGAAAAAUUUUAACACCAAAUUUAAAAUUAUCACUGCAACUACUGUGUUGAAUGAGGUUUAGGAUGAGAUGACUCGCGAUAUUUUAACUCAAAGCGAG